UUUAGGCCCCAUCCUGUCCACUCCUCAAAAGUGUCUGCAGGCCUCACCUCUCCCACCCUGGGCUUGCUGCUGUUAUCCCUUAUCCAUCAGAACCACUAGAUGGAGUGAUCCAAGGUUGGAGACUGGGUUUGUAUUCUGUACCGCUGAGGCCUGGCUGGUUUAUAAGUGUUUGGUUGAUUAGAUAAUUAAAUAAGCUGGUGAAGUUAGUUAGCCAACCAGUUAGUUGGCUAAGCUGCUAGAUUAAUUAGUAAGUUGAAGGGUUGGUUGGUGAGUUUAUUAGCUAUUUAGCACCUUGGUUAGCAGAUAUCACGUGGGUAAUUAUCUGGUUUGCCGUUAGCUUCUCAGUUUGUAGGCCACUUUUCUCUGAUGCCCUUUUCUCAUUCUAUAUCCUCUCCUUGGCCUCAUCUAUGGCCAGGGAUCAGAUGAUUUGGUGGCCUCUGGAUGUGUAUCUCUAAACAAGACUACAUGACCAGCUGCCUCCUUAUAGGCCAUUUCUGCCUAAAUGUCUAGCAGGCUCUUCAAAGUUAACAUGGCCGGAACAGACUCCUCAUACUCCUGCCUAAGGCUGCAGCUUCUCUCCUGCACCUCGCUUGUCAUUCUGCUGCUCUUCCUAAACCCGAAGGUCAUCUCUUCUCUCUCCAUUCUCCUCCUCAGUUAAACCCUAAGUGUGUCAUUUUCACUGUUUUCUAAUCUCCAUGGCACCUUCUUGGCUCAGGCUGCCAUCUCUGCUCAGGCUGUCUGUGGCAGAAGCUUCCUGAUUGCUCACCACACUCCCACUCCUGCUCCCUCAUCCCAGCCUCCAUAGAGGAGGCAGGGCUCCUGCUUAAAUCUUCCACCAAACCCCAUGGCUCUCUGGGUCGAGUUCACACCCCCUAACACAGACCAUUAGGCCUUCUGCCAUCUCUACCCACCUCAUGCCACUUUCUCUCCUCUCUUUGGCCAGCUCAUUCUUGGGGAGUUCCUCUCUACAUCACACAGUCCUUUGCUGCAAGCCUCUGCCAUGCUAUUCUGAUGCCUUGAAUUUUCCCCUGCCUCCCCUGAUGCUCCUUCAUCUGGCCAGCCUUCCAUUUUUGACCUGUUUCCUUUCCUGUGGGAAACCCUCCUACCCCCACCUCUAGGUUGUUUGCUUCCUCUCUGCAAUCCAGUAGUGCCCCCCUUCACCUGUGGCAACAGUCCUCACACUUUAUAGCAAUUACUUAAUUGUUUUUCUUCCUGAGAGCAGGGAUCAUGAUAAUGUUCUUUACUACAAUGCUUGAACAUAGCAGGCAUUUGGUAGAUUUCUAGGUCAGUAGCUGGUUGGUGGUUAUUUAUUUAUUGCUUACGUGUCCUGCCUGCCAUGUGGUGGGAAGGAUGGGGCCAGGGUUCUAAAAUUCUCUUGGUGUCCUUGGCUUCCUGCUCUGUCACUUCUCCACUACCUUUGUGGUACUUUCCCAGGACCCUCUUGGGUCCCUGCCUGGCUGGUUACAGGGGCAAGGAGACCCCCAAAUGAUGCUGCAUGGAAGCUGGAGUUGGAUGGGAGCCAGUAAAUUGUCCAUGCAACUCUAUAUCUCCCUCCAUAUACUCAGCCCUUGAUUUAUUUCCCUGGAGUAAGGACAGAACAAGGACUGGGGUGGGUGAGAUUGAACAUAGGGUCUCAGCCAUAAAAGUGGAAGUUGUUUUAUCCAUGCCUGACUUACAUUUCUUACUCCCUCUACUUAAUCUGUGCUGCUGUGAGGCCAGGGAAAUUUCAGGAAGCCCGGGGAGGAGUAGGGGGUGAUGUUGCUAUCCCUAGCAAGAUGAGGUAGCUGAGGGGCUGGUGUCAGCUUCAGGCAUUCAGCAUGGGGAGGGGCACCAGUCUGAACAAGCACUAAGGCCACACUUAAAGGUAUCUGUACCCCUUCUCUUCUUCUUUAGCCUCUAGACUCCAUCUCCUUCCCCAAACCAGAGGUCUCUACCCCGCCUCCAACAGAUAAUGGGGCCUGUAACUCACUUUUUUGUCUAUCUAUCCAUCCAACCAUGCAUUUAUUAAACAAAUAUUUAUCAAGUAUCUACCAUGUGCCAGGCAUUGUAGGAAGUUCUGAGGAUCUAGUGGAGAGUAAGACAGAUGGAUUCCCCAGUUGUCAUUCAUUUGACAAUAUAUAUUGCACAACUGCUCUGCAUUUGGCACUGUGCUAGGCACUGAACAUUCCACAGGGGAGAAGAUCCGGUCCCUCCUUUCUUCUCUCCUCUCUUUCAUUUGUUCAUUCAUUCAUUCAUUCAUUCACUCACAGACGUCUGAUUGUGUUGAGCCCAUUGCAAAGGCCCGGUGCACUUUGCAGAUACUUUUACCUCUGGCAGAACCUAAUGUAUGUUUCAGGCCUCAGGGCUGUUUAUAGCACCCUGAGCAGACUUUGCUACACCGUGUGUUGUUUGUGGAGUAUCUCCCUAUUGACAGGUCCUGCCUGAUGCCUGGCCUGUGUUCCCAGAGCUUUGGCUCCUGCAGAUAGGCAGGUAGACAGAUAGAUGGACAGCUGAGCUUGACUUUUCUGCCUGCUCUCUCCCAUCUGCUUCUCCUCUGAGACUCACUGGCACCACAGAUGACACUUUUUGGCUCCCCACUGCCCUCUCUGCAAAAUGGCCUCAUUGGUGCACCCUUCCCAGGCUACAUCCCUGUGGCUCUCAGUUGUCUCUGAUCCCAGCUGUACCAGCUGACCUGGGCAAGAGGAGGUGUGUGUGGGUAACCUCUGGGUUACCCAUUAACUCAGCUAUGAGUUGAAGGGCCCAUGGGCAGUGAGUGCACUUGGGCCUCUUUCCUACCCACGGGCUUGGGCUGCUGCUCCAGGUCUACCCGCAACUCCAAGAUGGUCUCGUCACCUGUGGUAACAAAGAUGCAAGCAAUAAUGCAAAAGGAGAUGGUGCGAGAGUUCCUGGCGGAGUUCGUGAGCACAUAUGUCAUGAUGGUGUUUGGCCUUGGCUCCGUGGCCCAUAUGGUUCUAGGAGAGAAAUUUGGGAGCUACCUCAGUGUCAACUUGGGUUUUGGCUUCGGAGUCACCAUGGGAGUGCACAUGGCAGGGAACAUCUCUGGGGCCCACAUGAAUGCGGCCUUAACCUUCACCAACUGUGCGCUAGGCCGCAUGUCCUGGAAGAAGUUUCCUGUAUACAUCCUGGGUCAGUUUCUGGGUUCCUUCCUGGCUUCUGCCACCAUCUACUGCCUCUUCUACUCAGCCAUUAUCCAAUUUUCGGGUGGACAUCUGACAGUGACUGGUCCCACAGCUACCGCUGGCAUUUUUGCUACCUAUCUUCCUGAGUACAUGACAUUGUGGAGGGGCUUCCUGGAUGAGGUAAUAGUGACAGGGAUACUCCAGCUAUGUCUCUUCGCCAUCACGGACAAGGAGAACAAUCCAGCACUGCAAGGGACACAGGCCCUGGUGAUUGGCAUCCUCAUUGUUGUCAUUGGAUUAUCCCUGGGCAUGAACACAGGAUAUGCCAUGAACCCAUCCCGAGACCUGCCUCCCCGCUUCUUCACUUUCAUUGCUGGCUGGGGUAUAGAGGUUUUCAGGGCCAGGGACUGGUGGUGGGUGCCAGUUGUGGCACCACUCCUGGGUGCCUACUUAGGUGCCAUCGUCUACUUGGUCUUCAUUGGCUCCAGCAUCCCACGGAGGCCCCAGAUACUGGAGAACUCCAUGAAAUAUGAAGACCACAGAAUACCCGUGUUGCCCAAGACCAUGUCAAACCCACCUACGACCCUCACCCCUGUCUCUGUGUCUCCUGCCAACAGACCUUCAGUCCGGACUGUCCCACCCUUAAGUGACUCCAUCCACCUGGAGCACUUCUAAGUAAGGUGACUUGUGACCCUAUCCCCACCCCAAUAAAGAAAGCCUUGUCCCACAGCGGCA